AUGGACGAAGUACAAGUGAUCAUCGUAGGUGCCGGUCCGGCCGGCUUAGCAACCUCAGCAUGUCUUAAUCACCUUAAGAUUUCAAAUGUAGUACUCGAAAGAGAAGAUUGCUAUGCUUCUCUUUGGAAGAAAAGGUCAUAUGAUCGUUUGAAGCUACACUUGGCCAAAGAAUUCUGCGAACUUCCCUAUAUGACUUUCCCUCCAAAUGCACCCACAUACAUCCCCAAGGAUAUGUUUGUUCAAUACUUGGAAACUAAUGUAUCCCAACUCGGAAUAAACCCUAGGUGCAACCAAAACGUGAAGUCUGCUCUUUAUGAAGUAGACAUAAACAAAUGGCGUGUCACGGCCGAGAACACGCUUUUGGGUGCACAAGAAGAGUACCUUGGGAAGUUUCUUGUGGUUGCAAGUGGUGAAAAUAGCAUAGGUUAUGUUCCUGAAGUGCAAGGCUUGGAUGAGUUCAAAGGGGAGGCCAUUCAUUCAAGCAACUACGAAAACGGCAAGAAAUAUGGUGGAAAAAAUGUUUUAGUCGUUGGUUCUGGGAAUUCUGGCAUGGAAAUUGCAUAUGAUUUAUCAAAUUCGGGUGCUAAUACGUCCAUUGUUAUCCGUAGCCCGGUACAUGUUCUCAACAAGGAAAUUGUACAUUUCGGAAUGGUUUCGUUAAAAUUCCUCCCACUUAACAUAGUCGACAAGGCUGUUGUGCUCUUAGGAAAACUAAAAUAUGGAGAUUUAACGAAGUAUGGGAUUCGAAAGCCAAAAGAGGGACCUUUUUUUCUCAAGGCAGCUAAGGGUCGUGCCCCCACUAUCGAUGUUGGGUCCAUUAACAAGAUUAAAACUGGAGAGAUAAAGGUCUUGCCAUCCAUAACAAGCAUAGACGGAGACCUGAUCAGAUUUCAGAACGGCAACGUUGAUUCGUACAAUGCUAUUAUAUUUGCUACAGGCUACAAAAGCAGCGUUCUAAACUGGCUCCAGGAUGACAACCAUUACUUCAACGAGAAUGGAAUGCCACAAAAAAGUUUCCCGAAUCACUGGAAAUCGGAAAAAAAGGGUCUUUACAGUGCUGGGUUCUCAAGACGUGGGUUAUUUGGCAUUGCAUAUGACGCACGAAGUAUAGCAGAAGACAUCAGUUCGUGUUUGACCUCCUGA